AAGGUUGUUGUGAAACAAAUAUGGCGGAGAAAGGGGUCUGGCGACGUGAAGACUGCAUUGUUUUGAUAUCGUUAACAUUUAUCUUUGUAAACUUAUCUUUAUGUGCUGGUGAACUGAAGUGCCGAUGUGCUCCUUGCCAUCCAAAUGCAGUGAAUGACACCUGCAUUGCUAAGUUUCAGUGCUUCACGGGACUGAGGAAGGUAGUAGAGAAUGGGGAGACAGUGGAAAUCAUAAGUAUGGGGUGUAUGUCAGAGGAAGAAAACAGCAUACUUCAGUGUAAAGGCCAUCUAGUUCCUCAUCGUAUCCCUCGAACUGUGGAGUGCUGUAAUGAUGAAGAUUACUGCAAUGAAUAUCUGGACCCUUUCUAUGUAGAACAUAACAACACACAGAAAGGAGUGCCUGUUGGACAAGAUGACAUGAUAAACCUGACACACCUGGCUCUGAUUGUCUCUAUAACUUGCUGUUUUCUGAUAUUUGUACUUAUUGUCUCCUUGUUGUAUCUGAGACAUAAAAGACGAGAUGUGAAGAAGGAGCCAUUUAUGGGCGAUCAUGAGGAGCACAGUGAUUCCUUUAUGUGUGACUCGACAAAAGGCCUAAUUGACCAGUCUUCUGGUUGUGGAUCUGGACCGCCCACUCUGGUCCAGAGAACAAUAGCCAGGAACAUUCACUUGGUUAAAAGCCUGGGUAAGGGAAGGUUUGGGGAGGUCUGGAAAGGAUAUUGGAGGCAAGAGGAGGUCGCUGUCAAAAUCUUCUUUACCACAGAGGAGAGUACUUGGGCCAGAGAGACAGAGCUGUAUCAGUCAGUAUUACUGAGGCAUGAUGGGAUACUUGGUUACAUUGCAUCUGAUAUAAAGGGAACAGGGUCCUGGACUCAGCUGUUCCUAAUCACUGAUUACCAUGAAUACGGGUCCUUGUAUGACUACCUUCAGACACACAUCCUGGAUGUGGAAGAUAUGCUCAAAAUGGCACACACUGCUGCUUGUGGUCUUGGUCAUUUACAUUCAGAAAUAUUUGGAACAAAGGGUAAACCAGCAAUGGCCCACAGGGACAUCAAACCUAGAAAUAUUCUGGUGAAGGCAGAUGGAAGCUGUUGUAUAGCUGACCUAGGGCUGGCUGUGAGAUAUAUCAGCGAGUCCAAUGAAGUGGACCUGCCUUCAUCGUCCAGACAAGGGACAAAGCGUUACAUGGCUCCUGAAGUAUUGGACAACUCCGUCCGCAGAGAGCACUUUGAUGCCUACAAACAAGGAGAUAUUUAUGCUUUUGGACUUGUGUUGUGGGAAAUAGCAAGACGAUGCAUAUCUAAUGGUAUAGCUGAUGACUAUCAGCCUCCAUAUUUUGAGACUAUUCCUGCAGACUCUGAUCCUAGUUAUGAGGAAAUGAAGAAAAUUGUGUGUGUUGAAAAGAUGAGGCCAGGAUUCCCCAACAGAUGGUCAUCUAACGAGUAUUUAAAGAUGAUGGCACGCUUGAUGAGGGAAUGCUGGAGUCACAACCCGGGAGCUAGACUGACUGCUCUGCGCGUGAAAAAGACAUUGGGGGGAAUGAUUCUCCAGCUUAACAAAAGUGUCAAAUUGGACGAGGCGGAAAAGAUCACAGAAGUUACGAACAUGAUCAAAAACAGUGAGUGAUAUUGGUUUACGGAAAUAAGAACAUCCAUGGUUGUUAAAAUGAUCUUUUGUGCUGACAGAAGCAACCAUUCUGUUUGCCAAACGAAAAACAAACAGAAAAAAGGCAACAUUCUACAAGUGUACGGUGCCCUUUGUUGAAAUCCAUUGAAAAGGGAUGAAUUUUCUGUGCCAUUUAUUUGUAAGUGCAGAAGCUAAUGCAGCAGUUAUCCGGUUUUGAAUUGUUGUGAGCAAAUAUAAUUUGCUGCUUGUUUGUUUUGGCAGUCUUUUUCUUUUUAGAGCGGCUAUGUGGCAUUUUAGUUACACCAUAUUGAUUGACUUUAUAAUGUAUAAUAUUUUUGUAACCACUUUGUGAUAUGGCCAGUCUUGCUAACUUUAGUGGUGCUUAUAAGUAGUGAAUGCUAGAUCUGUAAUUUUCAUUUUUAAAGAAAAAAAAUGUUGUUUUAAAUGAAAGUGAAUGCUUUAUAGAAAAAUACCACUUAAUUAUAUUUUAAUAGUGUAGGAUACAAAAAAUUCAUGACAUUGGUGUAAAUGUAUAUGCAUCGAUGUGUGUUUGUAUUGUAUGACUGAAGUCAUUUUCAGUAUACAUCUGUACUGCGUGAUUUUUUUUUUCAAACUUAAUUGCUUCACUGAAAACUUGCUUAAGAAUUUUGUUUUGCAUUCCCUUACAACAAUGGGCAGCAAUUAUUCAGGAGACACCACUUCACAUUUAUCACUGGUGUGGCCUGAUAAUUAUUGUUAGUUUUAUCAUAUUCAUGGAAAAGUACAAUCUAUCCUGGACAGAGACACCAAUUUUUGAUGAAAUACUCCUGUUCUGAAAGUGUGCUGUAUAUAAUGUGCUUGCACAGAUUCCCAGUUCAGAGGAUUAUGAAGAUCAUUAUUUAAAGCACACAGUACCCCAGGCUCUGUUUAAGAUAACAAAAUUUUAUGCUGAAAUUAGGAAAUUGGUUCUAGUCACUUGGCCUGUGUUUAGAUAUCAUGAGAUCAGGUUAAAACACCUGUAAUUUUAACCCCCCCCCCUUUUCAUAUCAUUCUGAGACAUGAGGAAGAGAGAGAGAGUAACCAGUGUAGAAAUGCAUAUGAUUUAUUGUUGUUAUUUUGAACAAUUCAUGGUUGUGUUUCAUAUGUUUGUAAAAUAUUUUCACUUUAUAUAUAUAUAUAGAUUAAAAUAUGGGAGUGAUGUUUUAUGUUUAUCAUAGUCACUUUUCCAUAGAUUUGUCCUUAUGAUUCCCACCAAAUUAAAACUUUAUAUAAUACAUUGAUUUAAAAUAAAAUUUUUAUUUUCAUAUUUAACACAAGUUAAGAAACACUUAAAUAACAAGGUCAUUUUUAAACUUUUAUAA